AUGCCUGGGCUGUCCGACCGCGCGGGGCUCCUCCUCGGCCUGGUGCUGCUGGUGGCGCUGCUGGCCGCGAGCCGGGCGCUCCCCCAGAGGAGGCCGCGGUCCCGGAGCCCCUCGAGGCUGGCGGAGGUGACCGUUGAGGUGGUAGAGGAGCCCCAGGCCCAGGUGGAGAUGGACCUCCUGGCAGAGCCUGGCAGUCACUGGCCCCAGGGGGCCUCGAGCUGGCUCCCUGUCAAGGAGCUCUUCUGGCCCCAGUUCUGGGGCAUCCUGGAGGACAAGGAGGGGAAGACCGAUCUCAAGGGCGGAGCCCCAGGGGAAGAAGACAAAGAGGAGGAGGAGGAUUACCCUGCAGAGUUCGGCGAGAGUGAGGACCAGGAGGCCAGUGAUUACCAAGAGUAUGACGAGGAGGAGCCUGGGUUCAGUGGGACCACAGGCAGCCAGGAGCAGGGCUGGCUGGACCCUGGGAACUGGACCUUCAAGGAGCCGGACGGCUAUGAGGGGGACAGCUGCGAGAGGUGGCUGAACUGCAAGAGCGACUUCCUGGCCAAGUACAUGCGUCUGGUGCUGCAGGAUCUGCCCAGCUGCCCCUGCUCGUACCCGCUGGAGGCCGCGUCGAGCACCGUGAGCCUGCAGGACGAGCGCCGCGGCCGCAGCUUCCGCUGGAAGGACGCGAGCGGCCCGCGGGAGCACCUGGACGUGUACCAGCCCACGGCGCGCUUCUGCCUCCGCUCCAUGCUGUCGGGCGAGAGCAGCACCCUGGCCGCGCAACACUGCUGCUACGACGCGGACAACCGGCUGCUGACCCGGGGCAAGGGCGCCGGCGCCCCCGACCUCAUCAGCACCGACUUCUCGCCCGAGCUGCACUUCAAGCUCGACACGCAGCCCUGGAUCCUCUGCAAGGGCGACUGGAGCCGCUACCACACCGUGCGGCCCCCCAACAACGGCCGGGCCUGCGCGGACAACCCGCCCGAGGAAGAGUACUUGGCCCAGUUGCAGGAGGCCAAGGAGUACUGACGGGGGCGUGGGGGGGCUGUG